AUGUGGAACCCUUCUGGGAUUCUGAGCAGCCUGGCUCUUUCCCUGCCUCUCGUACUUGCUCUUCAAGUAACACCCGACUCGGAGUGCGCUGCUCUGUGUUCCGAUGGCUCAAACACCACCCUUAGCGACGCCAGCCUCUCCAGAACGAACUCUUCGGAUAUCGUAUGUGGCGACGAUGAAUAUUCCAAAACAGGGAAAGGCAUUAGAUUCAAGAAUUGCCUCAAUUGUCUUCAGAAGAGUGAGGCUACGUGGGAGGAAGAGAGUGAUGUGUUUUGGUUUCUGUACAAUGUUCGUUAUGCUUUCGAUGUUUGUCUCUACUCUUACCCCGAUGCAGUGGAUUCAGGGACCACCAACUCUCCCUGCAACAUCGAAACCUCCUGCGGGUCCCUUGAGGAAGCCCUGAAGACUUCCUUACUAAAGUCAAAUGCCGACAACCAGCUCGACUAUUGCACGGCAGAAGACUCUAUCAUCAAUGGUCCAAGCUAUAAGGAGUGUAUUGGCUGCUUACAGUCAACGUCAGAUCAAACCUACCUCGCCAAUUUUUUGAUAGCCCUGAAAGCCGGCUGCAUACAGGAACCCGAGAAAGGUGACAUCGUUGGCCUCAGCGGGACGAUAUUCGCUUCUUCACUGGUCAACAUCACGGACCCAGACACCAACGAGACACUCCCAGGCGACGGCGGUGCUCCUGUUGGUUCCAUGACUACCGGUACCAUUGUGGGCAUUGCGGUAGGAUGUGGCCUUGGACUCGCUGGUAUGGCUUGGCUUAUUUGGAUUUACUGUCGACGAAGCCGACCCCGUCGUGGAGCAGGCAUCAAGAUUGAGUCACCACCACCAGAUACACCAAUGAACCACCGCUCCAUGCAUGGCAUACAAAAGUCGUCAUAUUUCAAAGACGAUAAUUACGGAAGGCGCCCACCCCCUGUUCACGAUCCUUCUCGCGGUCAUAUCCGCAGUAUGUCCAAUGCGCAACAUUACGAUUCAGUCGAACGAGACAUGGCGGGCACAAAUUCGAAUGUUAGCUACCACUACGCACCACACUCAAAGACCAAUGGACCAAACGCGGCUCUUCCAACGCACCCAGCUUAUAUCCCAAGGGUAAUGAGCAAACUUCCCGAGCCUCGGACCACCUCCCAGUCCCGUAAGACUUACGCACCCGAUUCAUAUGCGCUACAGACAUAUCUGAAUGCGACGGACGACUUUGGCAUACAUCUUGCACCUACACAUGACGCCUCAUCGAGCCGUACAGCUUCAAGCCGAACCCCGUCACCUGCUCGACAAGAAAAGGUCCCCGAGCCUCCAGCUGUUGCACCUCCUGCACCUGAUCUUCAUGCAGGCAGACCAAGAUUGCCUUCGCUCUCGUUCCCCUCGCUGCACAAGCUCGUCAUUCCCAAGAAGAACGCCCCUCCUCCCCCAGAGCUCAACCUGCAGUCAGCGACACCGAUAUCGGCAUUAGGAAACGAUCCUCGGCGAGAAAUGAGAAUUUCCAAACCCUUGGCUGUUCUGGAUCCUCGAUUUCAAGACAAGCCACUGGGCGGAGGUCCCGUUAUGGCGAAGAACGUACCAGCUGCAUUCAACGAAGAUUACCUGCAGAGGCGAGAGGCGAACAAAUCUCCAAUGCUGAGCGGCAACAGUCGUGUUUAUGGAUGA